CACAGUCCAAAUCCACGAAGGGAAAACAGAUUUGUACAUUUCUGCGAUUUCUGAGCUGCAACACCAUGAAGAUCCUCUUUUUUGUUUUUGUUUUGCCUAUGUCUAUUCUGGGAGAAGACAAAUUUUGUAAUUUUAAGAACGUCAAAAGGAAAUUGAACGAGAGAUGGCUGGUUAGUACAUGCAGAGUGGCUGUAUGCGAAGAAUCAGAACAAGGCGGCUUACAAGUGAAACUUAUCUCGACUGGAGGAUCGGGAAUGGUCUUAUUCCACAACCAACGACACUGCGACGUGUCGAGCAGGUCGAAAAUCACUGAUGUGGACAACUGCGCCGCCGAUAGCUCAAUGAACUGCCCAACCGGAUGCUUACACGAAGGCAAGUACAGAAGACACGGAGAGACUUGGCCGGUCGCGGGAUGCAGGGGUGCAUCCUGUUGGGCACCUGACAAUGGACCAAAACAUGUGACUAUCAUCCCCUGUCAACCCGUCUACACUGACCUUACUCCGAGUCAGGUUGAUCAAGGCUGCAGAAUCGUUUUUAAUAUGACAGAAGUUUAUCCUUCUUGUUGCUAUCCUAAAGUGGUGUGCGACAAUGCACACACAAGCGACAGUUUCAGAGUUUGAAACAAAAUAUAAUAUGACGAGUACGACUACUGGGAUUAGGGCGAGGCUUGUUUGCCAAAGCAGUGGGUCGCUGCGUUAUGAACUGUUACAUGUUUGAAUAAUAAGACUCUUGAAUACGUCAAA